CAACUUCCUAAUUUUUGCCAAGGGAGCAGGCAGCCAGUUUCGCUAUAGCAGCUGGCUGCGGGCUGGGUCUGGAGUUUGGGCUGGGGUCGGCAGUGGGCAGUUGGCACACUCCAUUUACUUCCCGGUGUCCGAAAUGAAUAUCCUGUUGGGCUGGAAGGACACUUCAUCAAAGACUGUAAAAGGGAAGGAGUACACUUGCUGCAUGGUUCAGGAAGCCAUUACCUACAGCAAAGAACACUUGUCCUCCUGCAAAUCCUACGCUGCUGAGUAUGAUCCCUAUGAAGGUUAUGCACAUCUUAUGAAGAAUAUAGCAUUUUGUGAGCCCAACUGGCUAGCAGCUGCCUUUCUGGCUGAUGCUGAUCUUCUGGACAUAGAAAGUAAACACUUCGAAGAUUUGGAAUUUCAGCAGCUUGAACAUGAAAGCAGGUUAGAUGAAGAGAAAGAAAAUCUGACACAACAGCUCCUGCGUGAAGUGGCUGAGUAUCAGCGCAGCAUUGUCAGUAGAAAGGAAAAGAUUUCUGCUCUCAAAAAACAAGCCAAUCACAUUGUCCAACAAGCACAAAGAGAACAAGAUCAUUUUGUAAAAGAGAAAAACAACUUGAUAAUGAUGCUGCAAAGAGAAAAAGAGAAUCUCUGUAAUCUGGAAAAGAAAUAUUCCAUGCUUUCUGGAGGAAAGGGAUUUCCUGUCAGUCCCAAUAGUCUAAAAGAGGGUUAUAUCAGUGUAAGUGAAAUUAGUGAGCUGUAUGGCAAUUCCACGAAUAUGUCCCCUUCCACUCAGCCCCCCACAGAUGCUGAUGCAGGUGCCACUGAGCCUUCCACGGCUGUGCUGACGAGCCAGCCACAAAAUACAGAGCAUUUCAGAAACCUGGAAGAGCGAAAGAAGCAGCACAGGGAAUGCAUGUACCUGAGUGACACUUUACCUCGCAAGAAAACGACUCCGUCUGUCUCGCCGCACUUCAACAGUGCCACGCUUGGGCGAAGCGUCGCAUCUAAAGGGCAUUUACCAUUAGGACAGAGCAACAGCUGUGGCAGCGUACUCCCUCACUGCCUGGCAACCAUGACCAAAGAGUCGGAGUCGAGAAGGAUGCACAAGGGGUAUAACCAUCAGCGUAUCUGUGAAAACCAAAGGCAGAAGUCUCCUGAAUUCUACAGCAGAACAGCAUCCGAAUCAAAUGUGUAUUUGAAUAGUUUCCAUUACCCAGACCGUAGUUACAAGGACCAUGCCUUUGAUACGCUGAGCUUAGACAGUUCUGACAGCAUGGAAACCAGCAUAUCUGCCUGCUCACCAGAUAACAUUUCCAGUGCUAGCACUUCAAAUGUUGCAAGAAUAGAAGAGAUGGAGAGACUUUUGAAACAAGCGCACGCUGAAAAGACUAGGCUGCUUGAGACAAGGGAACGGGAGAUGGAAGCUAAAAAACGAGCUCUGGAAGAAGAAAAGCGCCGCAGAGAGCAACUGGAGAAAAGACUGGAAGAAGAAACUAGCCAGAGACAAAAAUUAAUUGAAAAGGAAGUCAAAAUACGUGAGAAACAAAGAGCGCAGGCCCGUCCCUUGACUCGCUAUUUGCCCAUUCGAAAGGAAGACUUUGACCUACGAAGUCACAUCGAGACAGCUGGUCACAACAUAGAGACCUGUUACCAUGUCUCCCUCACGGAGAAGACCUGCCGAGGCUUUCUGAUUAAAAUGGGAGGAAAAAUUAAAACGUGGAAAAAACGAUGGUUUGUUUUUGACAGAAACAAGAGAACUUUUACUUAUUAUGCAGACAAACACGAAACUAAAUUAAAAGGUGUAAUAUAUUUCCAAGCUAUUGAAGAAGUCUACUAUGACCAUCUAAAGAAUGCGUAUAAGAGUCCCAACCCAUUGCUCACGUUCAGCGUCAAGACACACGACCGGAUAUACUAUAUGGUUGCUCCUUCGCCAGAAGCCAUGAGGAUAUGGAUGGACGUUAUUGUCACCGGUGCGGAGGGCUACACCCACUUCAUGCUGUAA